AUUAUCGUAAUAUCAUCAAUCAAUUUUUUCUAUAUUUACGUUGCACUAUUCAAUGCCCGUUCAGUUCAUUCGUUUCCUCCCGCCAACGGAUUAUCAAAGCAGAACACAUCGCACGCUCGUACAUCACAUAGAUAAAAAAAAAAUGCUGUCAUUAAUAGAUCCUCGUUUUGAAUGUUCUAUUUGCCUUAACUGUUUAAAGGAUCCAAUGCUGACAAGAUGUGGACAUCGAUUUUGUUCUGAGUGUAUAAGUACAUGGCUUAAGCGUAAAAGUCAAAUUUGCCCCAUUGAUUUAUUACCCCUGACUAUAGAAGGUUUAUUUCCCGAUAACUACACAAAACGAGAAAUAGAUGAGCAAAAAGUUGCUUGUUUAAAUAUCGGUUGUGAUGUAAUAAUACCAUUGUUAGAAGCUGAUCAGCAUUAUUCAUCAUGUGGAUUUAAUAAAAACCACAUAAAUGGACUUGCUGAUAAUCUCUGCCCAUUUCAUUUAAUUGGAUGUAAGGAUACAAUAAAAGAUAAAAAUGAAUUAUCAAACCACCUUGUUAUGAGUGUGCAUCGUCACGUUACUCUACUUACAAAAUCUCAUAUUGAUUUCAUGAACAAAUUUCAAAUCAGAGAUGGUGCUCGUUCUAAAGCUUUAGAAGCUACACAAAUGUGGGAUGCGGACAAAGACCCUAAUUCUGAAAAAGCUUUACUUUGUAAUUUAUAUGAAAGAAUAGUUGUAUUGGAACAAAGUAAUAUUGAAAAGGAUAAAGAUAUAGAGCGUUUGACUCAAAAAAAUGCCAUCAAGGAUAAAGAUAUUGAACAACUUAGUCAAAUGGUUAAUAAUUUAAUUGUCAAGUUUGAU